UCUUUUGUCAUUUUUUAACAUAUCAUUCUCUAUAAAGUAGACGGUAGACACCGGUUUACAGAGUCGUUGGGAUGGAAUAGUUAAUCCAUGGCGAGUUUGUUUUCCCGGAAGACCGAGAUUGAAAACUCUACAGGGGUGGUUCUUGAGAUAAGAGAGGUCGAGAGAGGUGAUGAAUCGGGGGGCACGCUAUUUGCUACGAUGCAACCUAAGGAUUGCAAGGUGAUAAAAGCCAAGACAUUCCUAGAUCGUAGUUCUUAUGAUGGUGUUCCCAGAACCGUUCAUGUCAGCGCAACAACUGCUAAAGGUACCAAGACAACGAUGUUCCUUCCAGCACAGUUUUUCGCUAACCACGAACGAAUCAUCUUUAAGCUAGACGGGGAAAAACUGGUGGCGGCGGAGCAGAAACAAUCCACAGAAUCCUCAUCAUCAGGGAGUCGUCAAAAUAUGGGCUAG